ACUAAACACCAUACAAUCUGUCCCAAAGAGCACACAAUCUUGGUCGGAUUGUUUCUGGAAGUGAAUGUCAGCACUUCGAGGCAUGCAGCAAGCGAGAACUCAUGACAAAAAUGGCCGAUCACAAGGUGGCUAGCAACAUGAGUAGCCCUGCGGCUUCUGGUGCCUUGCGCGGCGCUUCGCUGCUCAUACUGCUCCAGAUAGCUUCGCGGGCCAUCACCUUCAUCGCCAAUCAGCUCCUCCUCAGAUUCCUGACAGCACAGCUUCUUGGCAUUUCAACCCAGCUCGAGGUCUACUAUCUAUCCGUGCUCUUUUUUGCACGCGAGAGUCUCCGAGUUGCUAUACAGCGCCAGGGUGGAACAAACAAAGACAAGACCUCCCAAGCCCGCAACACCCAGGCUGUUGUCAACCUUUCGUACCUUUCCAUCCUGCCGGGUGUCUUUGUAGCAGGACUUCUCGGCUGGCUGUAUGUGACAUCGCUCAGCGAUGAGACGACAGCUUCGGCACCGCACCUCAUCAUCUCGCUCUACAUAUACGCCGUGGCUUCCAUCGUCGAGCUCCUUUCAGAGCCAGCAUUUAUGGUGAUGCAGACGAGGUUGCAAUUCGGCGCCCGAGCAGCUGCCGAGUCCAUUGCUACGUUUUCUCGCUGUGCCGUCACCCUAGGCUCUGCUGUCAUUGCCUCACGUGGUGCAUUCGAGGCAGGAGUACUGCCAUUUGCGCUUGGGCAGCUCAGCUACGGCGUCACUCUCUUGGUUGUGUAUGCAUACUACGGCUUGUCCCUAGCCAGCGUUGAAGGCUUCUCGCUGCUGCCCAAGAAGCUAGAAAGCCCCUCGACAAAGGAAAAGAAAAGCAAGGAUGAGAGUUUUGUUCUUUCCCUCUUUCCUCGCCCGACACUAAACUUGGCCCGCAGCAUGAUUGCUCAAAGCUUGGUCAAGCAUAUUCUCACGCAGGGCGACACACUCUUGGUGAGCGCACUCGCCUCACCCACAUCUCAGGGUGUCUACGCCUUGGCCAACAACUACGGCGGAUUAGCAGCACGACUCGUGUUUCAGCCCGUAGAGGAAAGCAGUCGAUCCUACUUUAGCAGGCUUCUCGCAUCGACGUCAUCUGACAAGGAGUCUGACAAAGACAGUUUGCGCAAGGAGAAGAAGGCUGCCGCCGAAAAGGCCAGUGCGGACCUCACAAUACUCGUCAAGCUGUACACCACUUUCUCGGCUGUAGUCGUCGCCAUCGGUCCCACGGCCGCACCACUUCUCAUCAGCCUAGUGGCCGGUCCCCGCUGGGCAUCAUCAGGGGCCGGCGCUGUGCUGGCCGUGUAUGCGCUGUACAUUCCUCUUCUUGCCCUCAACGGCGUCUCGGAAGCUUUCGUCGCUUCCGUGGCCACCGAGGCCGAAGUACAUGCCCAGAGUUUGUGGAUGGGUGCAUUUUCGCUCGCUUUUGCCGCAGCCGGUUUCGUGUUCUUGCGGGUCCUUGACUGGGGCGCCAGGGGACUGGUCGUGGCCAACGCGAUUAACAUGGUCUGCCGCAUUAUCUGGUGUGCGGUAUUCAUCAAACGGUACUUUGGAAGGCUCGGUGUCAAAUUUGAACUGUCCGAACUGAGGCCCAGCGGCGUGACUGUCGGCGCCGCUGUGGUUACCAGCCAGGCGGUUGCCCGUCUGAGUGGCCCUGAUGUUUCUGGUCUGGCGGUGCGAGGCGUUCUUUUUGCGCUCGUCAAAAUCGCAUCCCUGGGGGUCGUCUUCAUUGCAGUAGUUGCUGUCGGAGAACGACAAUUCCUCAUGCAAUGCAUUGACAAGGCUCGUGGACAACGCCAACGACCGACGGCAAAGCAAUAACCGCAACCCAAGCUCAAUCAUCAACAAUUAAUUUUCAUAAAUCCCAAGAACGCCAACCCUAGCUUUUUGAAACAGUGGCACAGUGUCUAAUCAAACGUAAUCUUGGUCCCCUUCUUGCUCAUAUCCACAUCCUUGAAGAAAGCACCAUAGGUGUCGUGGGCCUUCUUCUUGACUGUGGUACCGAAUUUGAGCAAAUCAUCUGGAACCGGCUGGUUCGCGCCCUUUAGUACGUUGACCAAGCUGCCCGAGUGUGCCUUGUCGUGCUCGGUAAACAGGGUGAUGGCCUGACCCUGCUUGCCGGCGCGACCGGUUCGACCGAUACGGUGGACAUAAUCUUCGAUGGUGAGGGGGAACUGGAAGGUUGGUUCAACUUCACCUCUGGAAUAUCCAGACCACGGGCCGCAACAUCAGUGGCGACAAGAACUGUAGUCUUGCCACUCUUGAAAGCCUCC